CAAAUUUAAGUCUUGGUCACACUAAAGGCAGGAUCGGGGAAAAAAUAUGUAUGCAUACAAUCCAAGGAAAAUAUAUGCAAUAUGAGUUUUGUUACUAAAUAAAGCAAUAAAUAUGAGUAAUUUCAUUGUCGACGUGGAAUAUGAAUAUGUUGUGUUAAAAAUAAAUAACGUUGAUAUUAGUCACUUGCCAAGGUAUGAAGCGGUUCAAAAGUUCCUUCAGGCUAAAGAAAAUUUAGUUGUUGAAUUGAGCAGGCAAAAGCAUAAUCAUAAUGCCCUAGCUUUAGAACUUGACUGCAUAUCUUCAGACGUUGCAAAAAAACAAUACAAAGAAGAAGCUAAUUCUAAUAUAAUUGAAAUAAAACCCGAAUCCUCAGCAUCGAUAGAAUCAGAAAAUUCUGGUGGCUGCCAGCAAGUCAAUUCAGUUACGCCAAUAAUAUUUCCUGCAGAACCAUUAAACAAUCCCGUAAUUUUAACUCUAAGAACCUUUAAUAACGAAAAAAAAACAUCGAAGGAAGUUCAAACCCAAACCGUAUUUAACCCAGAUAUUCUACAAGAUCACGAUCUGGUACAGACAAUAACUGAUCACUUUAUUGAGCAAGAACAUCACAUAUUUGAACAAUGUCUGGAGCCGGAAAUUGAUAUUGAGGAAAUAACACUCACUAAAGCUGUUGUUAACGGUAAUACCAAUGAUAUCGGCAUAUAUAUUUGCUCAUCCGACUACCAGCCUUCAAAUAUCGAUUCGACGAUCAAAGGAGAUCAGAUAAUAUGCAAUGAUACCAGAGGGAGCUGCGAAAAUGUAUUCAUCAGUGGCAUUGAACCAAAAAGUAUAGCGCAGAACGAUGGACGUCUACGGCAGGGGGAUCAGAUUCUUCGCAUUAAUGGUAUGGACGUGAAGAAUAAGGAAGAGGCAGUGCUGAAGAUAUCGGAAAGUAACACUGCUGUGACGCUUCUCGUUAGUCGAAUUCUCUACCCAGAAGACGAAGACGAUGAUGAAGACGACAUUGAGAGUAAUUUUGAAUAUGCCAAUACUAAUUUUUUACCCGAUGACUACACUAAUGUUGUGGAUAAGUUGGAUAAAGUCCUGCUAAGUCACGUUCAUCAGUUUAAAGAAUUAUCUGGUAAAGGAGGUCUUUCAACAACACAACCAAAACAGAAAACUCUACUUGAGCAACAAAAUUCAUCAACAACCAACUCUCGUCUGCCAAAAAAGAUAGUGGAACCACUUAGCAAAGACGUUUUCCUCGAUAGAAAAAAAGAUCAGUCAACUAAUAUUCGAGUUUCGAAAAAUGAUUACGAUGAGAGCGAACAUAUUUAUGAGACAAUUCCCGAAGAUUCGGAAUCAGAACCCUUAUACUGUUCACCCUAUCAAAGUUCCAACUAUAUAACUAAAAUAGGAACGACAUCUUCAGAAGUAUUGGAAACUUCAGCAAAGCAACAACAAACGGAACGUGUUGCCCAAUGGCUGGGCCUAAAAUCGCCAAAGACAACUGUUCCCUCUCUAGUGGCUAAUCGUCCAACGCCGAUAUCGAAGCCUACUGCCACUUGCAGCAGAGUCUUUACCUUACGCAGCACAACAAGUCGAUCCAGCAGCAGUGGUUAUGCUCGUAAUAAUAAUAUUAAUGGAGGAAACAAGUUGGUUCUUACACAAGAAGAAGAAGUUGACAACUCAUCAAGUGCCUACAAUACAGGAGGUUCGAAUAACAGCGCCUCUCCACAAGUUGUUGAAGAUAGUACAGCAGUGACUAUGGAUAAUUCAGGAGAUAAUAAGCUGUUUUCCAACACCCCAGUGAGCAGUAUGUUACUUUUGCCAUUUGGAAAAUCUGGACGGAUUGGUCUUUGCUCAGCCAACUUACAAACCGCUUAUGUUAGCAAGUGCCAAAGCAAAGGCAACCACGAGGAUAAUAACAUUAUUCUUAAAGCAGAAAAUGAGGAUUCAUCUCAUAGCCACUGCCCACAGUUCAAUGCUCCAAAUUUAAGCCACUAUCACUUCGUAAGCAGUCAAGAGGUCGCUAGUAAAUGCCACGAGUCCACAACGAAUAGUUCAAAACCCAAUGACGUACUCUUUAGCAACGAAUCAAAUAAUACAGAUGAAAUUCCAAUGGUUUGGAAGGUAAAACGUCGACCCGAUGGAUCCAGAUAUAUAGUGAAAAGGCCAGUGCGCAAUCGUGUACCCCAAGUCUCCUCCUCGAUUCGGAAAAACAUGCGUUAUAAUGAAGUUGUGACGACCGAAGAGGAUACAGUAUCGGAAGUAAAAAUAGGUCGUUAUUGGACAAAAGAAGAGCGAAAGCGGCAUAUAGAAAAAUCUCGAGAACGACGUCAGCAACAACAGCAGCAGCAGAUACAAUAGAAAUAUUUCCUCUGUUACAUUUAUUUACCAAUUCCUUAUAAAACCUUUGUUUGUCUUGAAAAAAACUAUAGGAACUAAUUAGCAUAUUCCAUGUCAUUUCCAAUUUGUGCUUAAUACAACAGAUUAUUAUUAAUUUGAAAUAAACACAAAACUCGUCCAUGGCUUUUAGCUGUCUAAUCUAUCACACUAUAUAAAACUCACCAACGCUACAAAAUCCAGUUCUCAUAGCCCUGCAGACAUAUGGUAAAGGACUUUCCUUCUCAUUUUGUUAAUUAAUUGUUCCUAUAAAUAAUUGUUUAAAUAAACCCAUUAUUCUGACUAUUGAACUAUUGAA